AUGGGUCGAUCGAGGUGGAAUCUCACACCUUGGCUGGUGCUGGGAUGCGCUGCAUCCAACGCUUGGGCAGCCAAGAGACCGUUCAACAUCCAUGACGAUCUACUGGCCUAUCCACAGUACCAAGUUCUUUUCCCAGAGGAAUACAUCUUAGAAUCCCAAGCCGAAGAGCUACUCCAGACACAUGUCUCGCCCGAAACCCCAGACUCCAGCGUCGAGCGAAACGACCCGCAAAUCUACACAGGAAAGGACCACACCGAAGAUACCACACAAGCGCGCGAAGACCUGAUUCACCCGAAAUACGCAUACGAAGAGAUGAUCCUGGACGACCGGCGGCUUCUUUGCCAGAUUCCCCGCGUGGCCACCGACGAGGCUAAUAGCACGGCUGGCCGCGCAACUCAAGAAGCCGAUGAACAGAAUGAGCUGGCACGGGCUACUGAUCGGGGUCUUGAGCUUCUACGUGAGAUGGAGGGAAAGUGCAUGUACUAUUUCUCUGGUUGGUGGUCGUACUCUUUCUGCUACAGAAACCAGAUUAAGCAGUUUCAUGCUCGUCCUGUUGGAGGUGGUGUUCCGAGUUACCCACCUGUUGAGGACCCUACUACCCAUUCCUUCGUGCUGGGUCGAUUCCAAGAGGGAACGAGUAAGGAUGGGGAGGGGGAUGAGAAGAAGAAGCAGAAGCAGAAGCAGACAACUCAAACCGAUGUGGCGGAACUACGCACCAAGGGUGGCUCACGCUAUCUGGUACAACAUCUCCGUGGCGGUACCAAGUGUGAUCUGACGGGGCGAGACCGCAGGGUCGAAGUCCAGUUCCACUGUCACCCGCAGUCAACGGACCAGAUUGGCUGGAUUAAAGAGCUGACCACCUGUUCCUACUUGAUGGUUAUCUACACUCCCCGUCUUUGCGACGACGUUGCUUUCCUGCCACCGCAGCAAGAUGAGGUCCACAAUAUCGAAUGCCGCGAGAUCCUCAGACCCGAGGACGUCUCUGACUGGGAGGCCGGGAAUGAGUGGUACCAGGCCCAUCAACUGGCCGAUGCUGCCGCUGCCCAUACGGAAGUGCAAACCGUCGGUGGAAUUGUCGUUGGCGGCCAGCAACUAGUCGGCAUGGAAGGCAAGAAAAUCGAGAAGGGUAAAGUGGCCUCGUUCGGUGAGGAGACCGUGGAGGUGGUUGUCAAGCGCGAAAAUGGUGAAAUGCAGCGUCCGUCCAAAGAGGUGAUGAAGAAGUAUAACAUUGACCUGGAGAGUAUCGAGGAAAUGAAGAAACGACUCGAUAAAAUCGCCGAAGGCAAAGACUGGACCUUGGAAGUUGUGGAGAGCAACGGAGUGAUCAAGUUCCAGGGUGCCAUUGAGAAGGAUGAAGAUGAACUUGAUGUGAAAGCAGAGUCCGGUUCAUCUUCGCAGCAGCCCGCAGACCAAGCCAAUGUCGAUGAUACAGCAGGUUCCGAAUCUGCAUCUGAGACAAAGAAAAAUUCAAAAUCGCACCAGAAGCCCUCCGAGGAUGAAAUGGAGGAGUCUGUUGGCAGUGAGGAAACUUUCAAAGAUGAGCUAUAA